AUGGAUCCAGACAAGACCCGCAGAGAAAGCAAUGCAGAUGACCUCGAGCUCGAAGCCCAAGGCUACCAGCGUGCAAUGCCACGGAGGUUCUCAUUGUUAUCACUCCUAUCGCUGUCUUUUGCCCUUACAGCUAGCUGGAAUGGUUUCGGAAGUGCCAUUGGAACCGGCCUUGCCGAGUUUUCUGCCUCCGGCGUCCUCUGGACCCUCAUCAUUGCGGCCACAAUGAGUUGGAUCGUUUCAUUGGGCAUGGCAGAGCUGUCUUCUGCUUAUCCAAAUUCAGGAGCUCAGUAUUACUGGUCCUUUCGCGUCGCAGCACCAGCGUGGGCGCCGUUCGCUUCUUACGUCACAGCUGGCUGGUGGCUUGGUAAUGCUAGUGUGGCCAAUUUUAUUGCGGCAAUGAUCCUGGCCAUGGUCAAGAUAACCAAUACCGACUACACGAUUCAGCCAUGGCAUCAGUAUCUGAUAUAUGCUGCAAUACUCUGGCUGGCAGCAGCCAUCAAUAUUUUCGGAAGCCGCUUUGUACCCCUUUUUUCCAACUUCAUCCUGUACUUCUCCCUUGCAACGCUUGUCGCAACUAUAAUUACGAUUCUGGGGUGUGCGGCUCCCAAGUUCCAGAAAGCCUCCUGGGUGUUUGGGGAUACCACCAAUUCCACCGGAUGGGACAACAAAGGACUUCUUUUCAUCCUAUGUCUGUUGAAUAACGCGUACGGAUUUAUGGGUACCGAUGCUGGCGCUCACUUGGCUGAAGAAAUACCAAACCCUAUGGUCAAUGUUCCCAAAGUCAUCGUCAUGCCGGUCUUCAUCGGGCUGAUCACAACUUGGCCGUUUGCACUUGCUUGUUUGUUUGUCAUUGUCGAUGUCGAACGAGUCAUUGCUCCGCCGAGCGGGAUGCCCUUGAUCGAGAUUUAUUAUCAAGCCACCGGAAGCAAGGCUGCAACAAUUGCGCUUUUAGCGGCCUUUGCAUUCUGUUUGUUUGGCUGCGCAACUGCCAAUAUCGCCGGAUCCAGUCGUCAGAUUUGGGCCGCAUCGCGAGACAAUGCGUUUCCAGGAUCUCGCUGGUGGUCCCAGGUGUCUCCUCGCUUCCAGAUGCCACUGAAUGCAGCUGUUCUUUCCGCCAUGGUGACCAUGUUGUACGGCCUGAUUUUCCUCGGAUCAUCAACCGCUUUUGCAUCCAUGGUGGGCGCCAAUAUCGUCUUCAUGAUGACCUCCUAUGUGAUUCCUCAAGGGAUCCUUGCUUGGAGAGGACGUGCUGCAGUCCUUCCUGAGAGGCAUCUCAACCUGGGAAGAUGGGGCAUUGUUGUCAACGUAGUUUCAUGCGUGUGGUGCGUCUUUCUAGACGUUGUAGCUUGCAUCCCAGUCACGAGGCCUGUUACAACGACCAACAUGAACUGGGUGAGUGUUGUGAUGGUUGGUAUCGGCGCCUAUGUUCUGAUAGCCUGGUGCCUUUGGCAGCGGCAUGUGUACAAAGGUCCCAGGGUAAACGUGCAGUUACAGGAUCAGAUCCAUCGUGAGAUUCUCCAUCAUGAAGGUCGCGAACUUACAACGACAAUCUCUGGGAUCGAGCUUGACGAUGCGAUCCAUGAUCUUGGCCACAAAGCGGUCAAGGCAGAUUGACAUGGCACUCUGGACGUCGCCUCGGGAGGGUGAUACAGUUGAAGUCUUCCUUAUGAUAUUGUAUCGCAGAAUGAUUU